AGAAGGUGUCCGCUCCUUCCUCCACGGAACCCGCAGUUUUCUUCGUCCCGUCGCCGCGCGACGGAGUCGUUUCUCGCCGGAGCUGAACCGAUCGUCGAAUUCCGGGGUAUUCGCCGCGACCGGAUCCGAGGAUCGCCGCGUUCGGAGGAUUCCGAAACAUCCGACGAGCGCGAUGACGGGAAUCGUACCGUUCCUACUACUGGCGUUACUGUUCCUGUCGAGGCACCUCGACGCGGACGCCCAUCCCGCCGACGUCUCCGAGGACCACGAUGCCGACGGACGGGAACUCGAGGACAGCUGGUCCCUGGCCGACCUGAACGAGGGCAACGAUCACGACGCCCGCCGGGACGAGGCUCUAGAGAAGCUGCAACAGGUACUCGGUAUUCGGAGUCACGGCGAGAAGACGGGACGUCGCAAGGUGCCGCCGCAAUUCAUGUUGGAACUGUACAACAACGUCGCCGAUCCGAGCGGCGUCACGCGGGGUAGAAAUCCGUACAACGCCAAGGUUGUCCGCAGCUUCAUCGAAAGAGACACGUCCAUGUCGCGGUUCUACUUCUUCAACAUCACGGGGCUGGAAGUGAACGAGUCCGUGUUGGAGGCGGAGCUUCAUCUCUAUCGGAAGAGGACCGCCUUGCGAACCAUGCACCCGUCCACCGUUACUACUCCUUACUACUUGAUAAGGGUGUACCAAGUCAUGGACGAGAAAAGCUUGGACGUCCCGGAUCUCCACAGGCUUCUGAACGUCAGAUACGUCGGGGCUCACGCGUCCGGUUGGCAGAUAUUCAAUGUGAAACAGGCGGUCCUCGCCUGGUUGAACGGCGAACCGAACCUGGGGUUGCUGGUGACGGCCACCACGCUGUUCGAGGACCAGGUGAACGUGGAGUUCUCACGGCGGAACGAGUACCAUCACAGCAAGCAACCGAUCCUGGUACUGUUCGACGACGACGGGAAAGGCCAGCUAGGAAACAAAAAGGUCGUUCCUCGUUACUACGCGUACGGCAACGACAACGAGGUGGAGGCGGAGGUGUCCUACGACGAGGACGACGAGAAGAUCGAUCUGAAGGACGAGUACAACGACAAGAGACACGACGGUCGGCACGGUCAGACGGAGGAGGCUCGAUGGGAAAGCGGAAACGCGUCGGAGUAUUUCCAAAGACAGAAGAGGACGCACAAGGAGGAUACCGUGACGGAGGUGGCCGGAGGUAGCGAGGACGCGGCGGAAACCACCGGGCGUCGUCGCAGAGAAGUGAUGCCCUCGACGAGGAACAUUUUCAGGACGAUAAACGUGUAUAGAAGAGCGAGGCGACGGGAGAAGGCGAAGAAGAGCGUCCGUCGAAGGCUGACGUCUCGCACGAGCGUUCGCCAGAAGCGAUCAACCAAGAGCCACGCGUCCGUCCAACAGAACGUCACCGAGUGCUCGAGGCACGAGCUUUACGUAGACUUCAAAGAGAUCGGUCUCUCCUCAUCGAUCAUCGCUCCGCUCGGCUAUUCCGCCUAUUAUUGCAAAGGUAUCUGCGAGUCGCCGUUGAGCCAGGACCAGCAGCCGACAAACCACGCGACCAUCCAAGGGAUCGUUCAUAAAAUGGGGCUGGUCAAGGGCGUGGAGAGACCUUGUUGCGUGCCCACGAAACUCCUGGGCACCACCAUUCUGUUCUUCGACGACAACGAGAACGUCGUGCUCAAGGUCUACCAAGACAUGAUCGCGAAUCGAUGCGGGUGUCGUUAAAGGUAUCGUCUGAGAUCGUCGCGACGGGUCACCUGUUCUUCUCGCGGAUGAAGAGGUGACAGACGCGCGUUACGCUUUCAGCGUUCAGCGGAGGAAGCAAUGGUAUACGGAAGAUAUCGACAGAUAGAGAGAAUGAGCGAACGUAUGCACAAAGAGAGUGAAUGCACGCGUGACGUAAAGAAACGAUUUCAUUGCGCGUUAGUUACGAGAGUCAUUCCCACAGAUUCGCUUCGUGAUCGCCCGUUCAAUCAAUCGUCCCCCGACUUUUGUACAUAAGAACAUUCCUAAAUUCGCGUCACGAUCGUACGUAUCAACGAUCGGCACGCGUCCGUAUCGUAUCCUGUAUUCGUCGUUAAAUUAUUAUUAUAAUC